CCUGUUGAGAUUUUAUGAAUCUUAUCGACUUAUAAAGUCAGGAAUAGAAUGUCAGAUGACGAUACGUUAAGAAAAGGGGUUCGCAUGAACCUGGCAGUGUGGAUAGAGAAGCUUAGAUGUGGCGGAGAUAUAGAGAAACAACAAUUCUUCAAAAAGAAAUUCAUUGAGAGACUCCGAACGUCUCCUGUUGCUAUAGAAACAGAUAAAGCCAAUGAACAACAUUAUGAAGUUCCUACAGAGUUUUUUCAAACGAUUCUUGGCCCGCGACUGAAGUACAGUGGUUGUAUUUGGAGUAAAGGUGUUCAUGAUCUAGCAGAAGCGGAAGAUGUAACGUUAAACUUGUACUGUGAGCGGGCAAAAAUCGAGGAUGGACAAAACAUACUUGAUCUGGGUUGUGGCUGGGGAUCUUUUGGCCUCUACGUCUUGCAGCACUAUCCCCGAUGUCAUGUGACUUGUGUGUCUAACUCGAACACCCAGAGGCAGUUCAUAGAAAACCAGGGGCUCAGGAUGGGGGUAUCGGACAGACUGCAGUGUAUUACAGCAGAUGCCAAUGACUUCUCAACACAAAAGCGGUUUGACAGGAUUGUCUCUAUAGAAAUGUUUGAGCACAUGAAGAACUACUCCAUCCUCUUCCAACGUGUGUCCUCAUGGUUGAAGCCCGCUGGGAGGUUGUUUAUACAGAUCCUCUGUCACCGUUACUUCCCCUACUCCUUUGACACUAAGCCUGGCUCAGACACUGAGUGGAUGGCUAAGAACUUCUUUACGGGAGGAACAAUGCCUUCUGUCGACCUUUUCCACUACUUUCAGAGAGAUGUUUACCUAGAAGACGAAUGGCUAAUUAAUGGUUGUAACUACAGUAAAACACUAGAAGCUUGGUUAGCCACCAUGGACAGACAGAUGGACAAAGUGAAGGAAAUAUUUACACAGACAUAUGGACAGGAGGCAGAUAAACAGAUAUUUAAUUGGAGACUGUUCUUCAUCUUUUGUUCUGAGGUGUUUGGUUAUGAUGGAGGAAAUGAGUGGCACAUGGCACAGUACUUAUUUAAGAAACAACUGAACAGUUCUCUAUAAAACAGAUACAAA